CGCAGCAGGGGGAGCGCGCCCGGAGCUGGAGUCAGUCCCGGAGCGAGGAUGUGAAGGUGCGACUCGACUGAGCAGCGUUGUGUUGUGUGUAUCUGAGGGAAACAACCCACAUCACCACACGGCAACCACAGGAGCUUCAUUGGGAUUUCAUGAGCACAGGAAAAUAUCCUCGCUUCAUUUGUUUUUCAUUUAAAAAAAAAAAAAAAUGAUUUUACAUAUUUUUUAAACCAUCGCGCUGUGGCUGCGUGCACCUCCUCCAACAAUUGACUGGGGAGCAGUGUUGCGGAGAGUGAGGAGCAUCAUCUAUGUUUGCUGGAUAUCUCUUCUUCUUUUUUUAAAUAAUUGGCUCACACAGUUUGCAAGGGGCAAAGUGCUCCGCGAAGACCUCCUCUUGCUUUAUGGGAUUAUUUGCGACGAAGCCCCUUUGUUUUAGAUAAAACCACAUUGGGCAUCAUGAGUUUCAGAGCCUCGACGGGUGGCGGGCGGAGCUCUGGACCGAUCCGGUGCCAGCGAUGUCGGGAAGUCUGCAAAGGAGAGGUGGUGCGAGUACAAGAGACCCACUUUCAUGUCAAGUGCUUCACCUGCACCGUGUGUAACUGUGAUCUUGCACAAUCUGGCUUCUUCCAGAAGAAGGGCGAGUACAUCUGCACAGCAGACUAUCAGCGUCUGUACGGCACACGCUGCGACCGCUGUGACAGCUUCAUCACGGGGGAGGUGGUCUCCGCUCUGGGACGCACGUACCACCCCAAGUGCUUUGUCUGCAGUGUCUGCAGUAAACCCUUCCCCAUCGGAGACAGAGUGACGUUCAGUGGAAAGGACUGCGUGUGCCAGCACUGCUCGCGCACACUCGUCAAGCCAAAUGAACCAAUCAAGAUCCACGGGCCCAGCCACUGUGCCGGAUGUGCAGCCGAGAUCAAGCAGGGUCAGUCUCUCCUGGCGUUGGAGAAACAGUGGCACGUCAGCUGCUUCAGAUGUCAGACCUGCAACAUGGCACUCACUGGAGAAUACAUCAGCAAAGAUGGAGUGCCGUACUGUGAGGCAGAUUACCAUGCACAGUACGGGGUGAAAUGUGAGACCUGCAGCAGAUACAUCAGUGGAAGGGUUCUGGAGGCGGGAGGGAAACAAUACCAUCCGACCUGCGCCCGCUGUGCCCGCUGUAACAUGAUGUUCAAAGAGGGAGAGGAAAUGUAUCUGACAGGAUGUGAGGUGUGGCACCCAUUAUGCAAGCAAGCAGCGAGAGCAGAGAGGAGACUCAGGCACAGACGCCUGUCAGAGACGUCCAUCUCUCCACCAGGCUCCUCAGUCGGCUCUCCCAGCAGGGUUAUAUGUGCCAGAGUGCAGAAUGACAUCCUAGAUUAUAAGGACCUAGCAGCCCUGCCAAAGAUCAAGGCCAUAUACGAGGUCCAACAGCCAGACCUCAUAUCCUCCUCAUACCAGCCCUACCACAGAUACACCUCUGAUGAGAGGCUAGACACUUACAGCUAUGGGGAGUCACUCGGGACGCUCUCUCCCUAUUCUCAGGUAAGCAUUCUUCCUCCCAGGGACUAUGACAGCCUGGAUUUGAAGCAGAGGAGGUGCUCCAGUCCAGGAUAUAUAGACUCACCGACAUACAGUCGUCAAGGCAUGUCACCCAUCAUGCCUCGCUCCCCGCAGCACUAUGCCUACCCCGGCUCUGAGAGUGGCAGGAGUUCACCUUAUUACAGCCAAGAGGGGCGGUCAAGCACACCCACCACAAACCAGCCCCCUAAACAUUUUCAUGUACCAGCCACAGGGGACCCCAACAUCUACAGGAAGCCUCCAAUCUAUCAGAGAACUGCCACCAAAAGCAGGACCAGCGAGGACAUUCUCAGAUCCUCCAGACUGUCCACCUACUCUCCUGAGCCAUACACCCAGUCCGAGUCAGACUACUACCCAUACACCAGCUCCCCCAGAGCCUAUCGAGUACCGAGGAGACGCUUCUCGACAGGAGGAGAUGAAGAGAGUUGGAGUCACAGUCUUCAAAGAAUUGGGAGUGGCAUCGGGAGGAUGAUCCUAAAGGAGGAGAUGAAAGCCAGAUCUGGUUCCUAUGACAAUGACCCCUGGGGCAGUGCGAGGAAUUCGCGUAGUGGGAGCAAGGAAACACUCAACACCACAGGCUAUGGCACCACAGUGUACAACAACACCGUCAACGGCUCUCCACGUUCUCAGUACAGCACUGACAGUGAUUUUGUUUGUAAGUCCGCCUCACUACCAGGAUAUAGACGCAAUGGCCUCCAAAGGCCUCAGAGUGCAGACUGCUACCAGUACCAGUACGACAGUGGCAGUGAGGUCAACUGGGGAAGCAGAGCAGAGUACAAGAUUUACCCCUAUGAAGCCCUCAUUGUCACCACCAGGGGGCGCAACAGGCUGCCUAAAGAUGUAGACAGAGCCAGACUGGAGCGUCACCUGUCUCCAGAGGAGUUUGUUCAAGUGUUUGGUAUGACAGUGGAGGAUUUUGACCGACUGGCUCUGUGGAAGAGGAACGAGCUAAAGAAACAAGCUCGACUCUUUUAGCAAUGUACAGACAUCCACUGAACACUGCUAUAAGCAGAGCCAGGGACUUGACUGAGAGUAGAAAGAAAAAAUAAAGCCUUUUUUUUUUUAAAGACUACUCAGUUUCAAUGCCAUGGCUGAGAACCUGUUAAAGAUCUCCUCAAACGACGAACGAAAUUCCCGUCACAGCCGCUUGGACUUGUGGGAUGCCAAGGGAGAGCAGAGACAGAGACGUUACGCACAGAUGGACUGACAAACUGUGUCCUGGAUGCCAGUGAAGCUGUGACUGUGUGCUGUAGUGGAGUGUGUAUGCAAAAGAGACUUCAGUGUUGUGCUUUUCUCAAGCCUGAAGGAUGAAGGAAGGCACGACAGUGCCCCUACAAGGCCACACUGGGGGAAGUCUGGGAACAGAGCUGCAGUACUUACAAAUAUUGAGGAGAAUUUUGGUUUUGCCUUAUUUGUUAUGCUCUCUUAGUUACGAGUGUGCAGCACCAGCAAUCUGAAUGAGUAGAAUGUAGAAACAGCAUAUCAUUUAUGACACUUUAUCAGUGUGAAUGAUUAGAUGUGAAGAUCGAGUAUGUGAGCAUAUACAGCAUCACUUUGCUUUGGUUUAUAAGGAUGCAUUUUGUUUACCUGUUCCCCUGCUUUUGCUCUUUCACAUUAAAUGUGUACCUCUGGUUUAGAAUAAUUGAUACACACAGAAAAAACUAAUUAUGGAGCAAUCUGAGUUGGACACAACAUUUUCAAAUGUAUGUGCGACCUGCAUUUGUGUGAAAAUUAAAACCAAAGUGAGAAUGCAAAUAAACUGAUUAGCAGAUCACCUCAAUGUAAUGUUCUGGUAAAAUAGUCAAGGAUCAUCAAUAGAUUCAGUUCACUGUGCAGCUGUGUGGUAACCUAAAAUAAUGUGCAAUCCAGUAGAUUUAAUAGAUGAAGUAAACAUCAGUUCAGUCCUCCUGCUACACAUUUUCCCAACUCAUUGAGAUACCAUUAUGGCUAAAUGUUUUAGGAUGAGGAUUAUAGUCAUUCAUACAUUUUGAUUCACUAUUAUUUAUAUUGUUUUAGAAUGAUAAUCCAAUACUUUUGUUACUACAGAGAUUAUAUUCACUCACAGUAAAAUGCUCUGCAAGGUAUUUAACACAUUGAUAAAGAUUCAGGGUUGUUGAAGACUUUUCUUCCUUUGAAUACUGUUAUUUUUGAUUUUUGUCACUAAAAAUUCAAAUUCAAAUCAGAA